UUGCCUCUUCCAGUUUCUGGCAGCCUCAGGUGUUCCUUGGCUUGCAGCUGUAGCACUUCAGUCUGUGCACUCUCGUCACAUGGCAUUCUCCCUAUGUGUCUGUCUUUACAUGGCAGUGUCCUCUUUUAAGGAUACCAGUCAUAUUGGAUUAGGGCCCAUCCUAAUGACCUAACCUUAACUUGAUUACAUCUGCAAAGAUCCUAUUUCCAAAUAAGGUCACAUUCACUGGUAGGUACCAGAGGUUAGGACUUCAACAUAUAUUCUUAGGGGACACAAUUCCAUCCAUAAUAGGUCGUAUCUGAAGCAGUGGGAGUGGAUGAGCUCUCCAUAGGAGAGGUUAUAGAGUCAGAAGAACAGAAGAACUGGAGAUUCUGACCUUUAGGGAGGGGUAAGUAAAAGACUGAGGAGCCAUGAAGAAGUCUGAGAAGGAAAUGGUCAUCCGCUGCAUCCACCACAUAGACAGAGAAAUAAGGGCAAAAAAGUGUCCAUUGAACUAAGCAAUAUGACAGAUGUCAGUGUCUUUCCUGAACGCCAGGCCAAGGGAAGGAGCAGCGCCUGGGUAAUGCAGACAGUCUUUCAAGAAAUUUAGUUUAGAAGGAAAAGCCUGACAUAUGGAAAAAACUGAAGGGAAUGUGAGGUCAAGAGAUGGUUGAGGAAGAAGGAAAAGUGUAGCCCCAGCACAGGGGAAGGAGGUUAGUGACUUAGAACUUAAGCUCUGGAGUUAGGCUAAUCUACAUUUGAAUCCCAGUUUAGCGUGUUCCACAGAGGUAUGAGUUUAAGCUGGUUGCUUCACUUCUAUGACACCUCAGUUUCCUUAUCUGAAAAAGGGGGAUAAUUAUCACAGUAUCUACUUCCCUGUGUUGUUGUAAGGACUAAAUGACUAAGGCAUCUAAAGUGCUUAGCAUAGUGUGUGACACAUAGAAAGUGUUCAAUAAAUAUUACCUCUUACUGCUAUUAGGUUAAAAAAACAAGUCAAGGAGGAGGUUUCAAGAAGGAGGUGGUAUAUAAUAUUAGGUAUGGUAGAUAGGACAAGGAGGUAGAGGGUAGAGAAAAGGUCAAGGAUUUCAGUCAAGGAUUUCCAGGCCAGCAGAGCCUGGAAAGAGGAGAGAACAGAGAUACCAUCAGCUGAUGAGAUGAUGGGGGCUGUAGGUAUGGAAUACUCUUUCUGUAGUAGUUGAGAAAUAAGAGAGCAGGUAGUAGAAGAGAGAAGAAGUAAACUAAUUUGGGCUGCAACAAGAAAGUUGGAGAGAAAAGUUGCUGGGAGUAUUUGGUCCUAGAGGACAGAGGACCUUUUAAAUCUUUCAAAUAGUAUCUGUUUGAUACUACAAAUCUCUACCUUUACUGUGCUAAGCCUGGGCAUCCAGAAGAAACUGUUUUACAAAUGAGGAAUGGGCACUAAAAAAUGAUCCUUUGUGGGUAUGUGGUGACAUAACUCCGCAAGGAGUGGGUGGAAGGGAGGGAAAAGAGGAGCUGAGACAUGGCUUGUUAAGUUUCAGAAGCCUGAGGAGCAACUGGCUAGAGGGUGCCUGGCUCAGAGUCUGAUGGGAAGGACUCAGGGCUGCAGACACAGGUUAAAGAGCCAUUAGUAGCAGGUGGUCACCAAAAGCAAGAGAAGGGAUAAAAUGACCUACUGAUAGCAGGUGGCAGGAGAAGAUAGUCCAGGCAAGAUUGAGGUUGGUGGGGGCGGGAGAGGGAACAAGUUACAAAAGGAGAGGUAUGAGGACAUGGGGGAAGGUUGGGCAGUGAAAGCUGCUACAGGAACACUUGUCUGGAUGGAGCUGAAAGAGAACCAAAAACCAUUCACUGAAUAUUUCAAUUAAGAAGCGACUGCAAACCAUAGCUGAAGCCAUCUCAGUGGAGUGGUGGGGUGGAAACUGGAUUUGGGUUGGUGGGGUGUGAAAGAGAGAUGAGGAAGUAGAGACAAUAAAGAUUGCUUUCAGUAAGUUUGCUGUUAAAUUGAUAGAGAUGGUUUGAUAGGACAAUAGUUAAAGAGGCAGUUUUUGUUUGUUUGUUUUUUAAACAGUGAACAAGACAGGCGAGACAACAUCAGGUGAGCAGCAGCAAGUGGAAAGAGUCACAGAAAAAAGGAGGAAGAGUUUUCACUAGAAUGCAGGGAGCCCUUGUUACCUAUAGCACAUACAAAUAUUAAAAUAACCAAAAAAUUACAUGCAUAAACCCUUCAACUGAACAGGAAAAUUAACUGCAUCUCUCUGUGGCAUCUCCGAAUUCUUAUCCAUGGGGAUAGAGUUAUGUAACUUGUAUGUACACGUAAGUGUUGUUUCGUGCUUUGGAGUUGACUUGAGUACUUUUCCCUGCAGCAUACUCACCCCUGGUCUCCUGACCAAUUUUUAAUCUACAAACAGGGCUCACUCUUUCCAUGAGCUUAGCUUCCUCUCACCUCACCUGCUAACAUUAUAGUUAACCAGUCCACACCUGUACCGUCCCUCUGUACCAUCCAUGCGAUUCUUUUUUUGCCAGGGUCACACUGUAAGCUAUCUUGCUUGCCUUUCCCCAGCCUUGGUCUCCUGUUUCUGGCAUCCCUUGAGCUCAGGACUGGGCACAGGCAAAUCAGUCCUUAGCAGUCUAAGGGAGGGUGAUCAAUACCUGUGUCCCUCAUCGCCUCGCUUAGUGAUUUAGUUGUUUUCUCAUCUCUUCUCUUUUUCUGUCCAUUGUGCCUGAUGCCCUGGGAAACAGAAUCCUCAACUCCGAAACCGUCAGAGGGGUGGGCUGAGAGGGCUAGCCGAUUGAAGGAUGGCCAGGAGACGGGUGUCUGCGGCCCCCGGGAAUCGCCGGGAGAGGGCGCGCGGGCACAGGGAUUGGCCUCGGCUGCAGCUGUGGCUGGAGAGCGGAGGCGGGGACUGGCUGAGGACACCAGGACUGGGGAAGCGCACUGGGGGCGGAGCGGCGCGUUGGGGCACGUGCGCUGCCCCGGGUACUCUGUCCUGGCUAAAAAUAUACGCUGUCCAGCGUCGGCCGAGUCCUCCCGGGGUCGUGGAGGCGGCACUCGUGAGGAGCGACUUGUUGAGCUGCAUUUUUCUGGGAGAGAGUUUGCGGCUCUCCGACCGGACCUCCCAGACUCCCGAGAAACCCGAGGCAAGCUUCGCACCGGCCUCAGUCUUUCUCCUCUGUGGAAUGCCGGCCAUUUAUUAUUCAAGAAAUAUGGAGAACCUAUAUUGUGCCUGGCACUGUUCCAGGCGUCAGGCAUAACCACAAGGUUCUUAUUGCUGUGGAGUUUACCGUCUAGCGUUGGGGAGGGGAAGCGGGGAGAGAAUAAAGAAGCAAAUGAACAGGAUACUCUCAUAGUUUCAAAAAUGCCAUGAGAAAAAUAAAAAAUGAUGUGAUAGGAGUGAUACGGAAGCUGGUAUUUGAAGAAGUCACCCUGAGAGACACGGAGGACACAUUCAGGAAGAGGAAACCACCUGUGCAAAGGCCUUGAGUCCGAAAAGCCUGGCUACUUGGAGAAAAUAAAGAAGGCGGAGGGAGCGGCCAGGGAGCUGGAGAGGAAGACCACAGCGCCCAGCACGAUGGACCCUGAAACUAAUCUAAGGUGGUAGACAUCAAAACUGCGAUAGUUUGCCAGGAGCCUAGGAUUGCUUGCAAGGGGCUCGAGGGAACUUACGAGGAAAGAAUACCUUGAUUAGGGUAUUGACUACCUGGAUGAAUGAGUCUAAUCAAAACUCAGCGAAGAGUUGUGCAUUUUGUUAUAUGUAAAUUUUACCUUAAAAACAAAAGUGACAAUUCCCAGCUUGUUAAAGCAACCAUGAGCUGGGAAAGUCGUUAUGCUGCACCUUCCAGCUUGCUCGGUGGGCGGAUACCGCAGCCAGGGUUGUGCGGGCAUCCUUUGGAGAGGGGGUGGGGGCGGGCUGGGAGAAAGCGUCCACACCCGCUAGCGUGCGGGCCAGGCGGUCUCGAGGGUGGCGGUGAGCGGUGCCGCUCACAGCCAGAACGGAGGCUGCGGGGUCCGGCCCCCCUUGGACUCCGGGUCGUUAGGGGCAACCUUGGAGCUGUGCCUCCCCCGCCCCGCCCUUCGCGCAGAGGCCAGGUGGCGGUUGGGGCGCCACCAACCUGUUUGAUUUCCCGCGGCCGGUGGAAAGGGGCGGAGGGGGGAGGGGAAAAAGGCCGUCGGCCAAUGGGUAGGGCUGUGGGCUGUCACGUGACAACAUCGGGCGGGGCCCAGGUGUACUUACAGGGCUGCGGGAGGGGGCCCAGGCCGCCGCGUGAAAUUCGAGAGGCGGGGUCGGCGUGCGGGCCAGGGAGCUGCCCCGCUAGGAUUGGCCUGUGGCCAGGAGGCGGGGCCUGCGCGCGCCGCAGCUGCGGGCUGCGAUUGGCCUCGGUUCAGCGCCCGCUGCCGGCGUGCGGGCGAGGCUUGGGGCGCGAGGACCGAGCCAGGCGGCGGGUUCUCGAGCCGGGGGGAGGGGCCGGGGCGGUGGCGGCGGAGGAGGUGGCGGCGGGGGCCGGUACUGGACCCGGCGGGAUGAGCGAGGCGGAGGCGGCAGCGGUGGCUACAGCGACCCCCGCAGCGACGGUGCCAGCCACGGCGGCAGGGGUGGUAGCGGUGGUGGUACCGGUGCCGGCGGGGGAGCCACAGAAAGCAGGCGGCGGGGCGGGCGGCGGCGGGGUUGGAGCCGCCUUGGGCUCCGCUGCUGGGACUCCCUCGGCGCCGGGCCCCCGCAACUCUGGCAACCCGGCGACGGCGGCCUCAGGGACCCCCGCACUCCCAGCCCGGAGUCAGGCGGAGAAGCCGGUGCUGGCAAUCCAAGUCCUGGGCACUGUCAAAUGGUUCAACGUCCGGAAUGGUUACGGAUUCAUCAACAGGAAUGACACCAAGGAGGAUGUCUUUGUUCACCAGACAGCUAUUAAAAGAAACAACCCCAGGAAGUUUCUGCGCAGCGUUGGAGAUGGGGAGACUGUGGAGUUUGAUGUCGUGGAAGGAGAGAAGGGUGCAGAAGCUGCUAAUGUAACUGGGCCCGGGGGUGUGCCAGUAAAGGGCAGCCGCUAUGCCCCCAAUCGACGUAGGUUCCGCCGAUUCAUCCCCCGCCCUCGCCCAGCUGCCCCACCACCCAUGGUGGCAGAGGUUCCAUCAGGUGGGACAGAACCAGGCAGUGAAGGGGAGCGAGCUGAAGACCCUGGGCAGAGGCCCAGACGACGGCGCCCACCACCCUUCUUUUAUCGCCGUCGCUUUGUGCGAGGCCCAAGGCCCCCCAACCAGCAACAGCCUAUAGAGGGCACUGACGGGGUGGAACCUAAAGAGACAGCCCCAUUGGAGGGGGACCAACAGCAGGGAGAUGAGCGGGUGCCCCCACCCAGAUUCCGGCCUAGGUACCGAAGGCCUUUCCGCCCCAGGCCACCCCAGCAGCCUACCACAGAAGGUGGGGAUGGCGAGACCAAGCCCAGCCAAGGUCCUACUGAUGGUUCCCGGCCUGAGCCCCAGCGCCCACGAAACCGCCCCUACUUCCAGCGGCGAAGGCAGCAGCCCCCUGGACCCAGGCAGCCCACAGCCCAGGAAACCUCAGCCCCCAUCAAUAGUGGGGACCCCACCACCACCAUACUGGAGUGAUUCCAACUCAAAGGACACCCAGAGUUACCAUCUGGUAAUCUGCCAGUUUUUCCAACUGACCUAUACCCUACCCAGUACCCCCCACCCCCUUUUCCCGUAAUUCAUGACAUCAGAACACCGGCUUUUCUCCCUUUUCCUUGAGACUCAGGAGGGCUAAAGCAACAGCCUUUUGCUUUUUUUUUUUUCUCUCUCCCCUACCAAGGGUUGAAGGAAGAGAUCCAUCCUUUUUGUUCAGAGGCACCAACUCCCUCCCCUAAAUCAAGCUGAGAAGGAACUAGCCAGCUGUUAUCUCCUCCUGGUUGUUUUUCUUUCCCAUCCCAGUUUAUUUUUUGUUUCCCCUCUACCUCCGACCUCUGAAGCCAUUUUAUGAACUGUCAUGUGCCACCUGAGCCUCCAGUAAAAACAAAAACAGACUUUCCUGUUGUCUUGGUCUCUGCCUCUUUUCUGUUCUGAGAAUUGUGGGUAACUUGCUGGUGAAGGUGGGGAGGAGGAGGAUGUGGGGUAGUGGGCAGGGCCUGGUCUUGAAU